AUGGUUCGGUCCCCUCCGCAAGCCAGGCGCGAAAGCGCUGUCUGCGUCAUUAUUUCCUCUUACAUCGGCUCCUAACGGUUGGUUUGGAGGAUUUGUUGUCGAGUUUUUCUUCCUAUUCUUUACUCUAAGGACCAACGAACAAAAUGCGUGAAUGCAUCUCCAUCCACGUUGGACAGGCUGGUGUCCAGAUUGGGAAUGCCUGCUGGGAGCUUUACUGCUUGGAACAUGGCAUUCAGCCAGACGGUCAAAUGCCCAGUGACAAGACCAUUGGCGGAGGAGAUGAUUCCUUCAACACAUUUUUCAGUGAGACUGGAGCUGGAAAGCAUGUCCCUAGAGCUGUUUUCGUGGACCUUGAACCCACUGUGAUCGAUGAGGUGCGGACUGGGACGUAUCGCCAGCUGUUCCACCCUGAGCAGUUGAUCACUGGCAAGGAGGAUGCAGCUAACAAUUAUGCCCGUGGACACUAUACCAUUGGAAAAGAGAUCAUUGAUCUUGUUCUGGACAGGGUUCGCAAACUGGCUGACCAGUGCACUGGUCUUCAGGGCUUCCUGGUGUUCCACAGCUUUGGCGGUGGGACCGGCUCUGGUUUCACCUCCCUGCUGAUGGAGCGCCUUUCUGUCGACUACGGCAAGAAGUCAAAGCUGGAGUUUUCCAUCUACCCAGCUCCCCAAGUGUCCACUGCUGUGGUUGAGCCCUACAACGCCAUCCUGACCACCCACACCACCCUAGAGCACUCUGACUGUGCCUUCAUGGUAGAUAACGAGGCAAUCUAUGACAUCUGCCGUAGGAACCUCGAUAUCGAGCGUCCUUCCUACACCAACCUGAACAGGUUGAUCAGCCAGAUUGUGUCCUCCAUCACUGCUUCGCUCCGUGCUGCUGAUCUUUAA